CAUGACUCAACUGGAAGCCAUUUUGUGAACCCCUGUAAUGAGGCAGGCCGUGGUGUGCCCAGAAGAACGCCCCCCUACCCCUCAGAAGGUGACUCCACACAAAUGAUUUCAACAGAAGAAACAACGAGCCUCCAGGGUCCCCCACUUCCUGAGGCUCAUAGGGCUGAGGUAGCAUGUGACCAGGGUGCCGAAAAUGUUGCCAAUGGCCAAACCACCCAAGCCCCUGCCGACGACGGCCCCCAAGCCGCUGCUGACGAUAGCGCCCAAACUGCUGCCGACCAUGGCGCCCAAGCCGCUGCCGACCACGGCGCCCAAGCCGCUGCAGACGAAGGCACCCAAGCUGGUGCCGAUGAUGGCGCCCAAACACUUGCCGACGAUGGCGCCCAAACUGCUGCCGACGAUGGCGCCCAAACCUCUGAGGACCAUGGCGCCCAUGCCGCUGCUGACGAUGGCGCCCAAGCCGCUGCAGACCAUGGCGCCCAAGCUGCUGCCGACCAUGGUGCCCAAGCCGCUGCUGACCAUGGCACCCAAACUGCUGCCGACCAUGGCACCCAAACUCCUCAGGAAAAGUUAAAGGAAGGGAAAGAACAAGAGAUGAAUAAAACUCCGGAUCAACCUCCUCACGAACUUGAGAACCAGUUCAUAUUGCGUCUGCCUUUGGAACAUGCUUCUACUGUCAGAAAGAUAGUACAUUCCAGAUAUCUCUCUAUGAAGGAUAACUUGAGAAUUGAUUUAUCUCCUGGUAGACGUCAUGCAGUUGUUGAGAUAGAAGAUGUUUCACUAGCUGCUAAGCUGGUUGAUUUGCCUUGUGUUAUUGGAAGCCUGAAAACUCUCGAUAAAAAAACCUUUUAUAAAACAGCAAGUAUUUCUCAGAUGCUUGUAUGUACUGCUGCUGCUGAUUCCUACUCUUCUCUGGAAGAAUCAUUUAACUCUGCUGAUGUUAAAGCAGGCAGGAAAAGUGAAAAGGAGAAACAGAAAAAAUAUGUCUGGAAGCAUGGCAUUACUCCACCACUUAAGAAUGUCAGAAAGAAAAGGUUCCGCAAAACAAAAAAAAAGACCAAUGAUUUCAAACAAUUGGAAGAAGUCAACCUCACUGAGGAGAAGUGCAUUCCUGCAAAACACAGAGUGUUCAAUGACAUUCCUAGUAUUCCUGCCAUCCCACCGUGGCUCAAAAUACUGAGUCUUGAAGUGGAGAAGGAAGUGAAAAGACUCCUAUAUUCAGAUGCUGAAGCUGUCAGUGCCCGAUGGGAGGUCAUUGGUGAAGAUGGUACUAAGGAAAUAGAAAGUCAAGGCUCCAUUCCAGGCUUUGCUGUCUCGCCAGGACUAAGUGGCUAUAAGCAGAAACGUUUCCCAUCAGAACAUGAUAUACUUCGGGACAUGUUCAGGGAUUCUAGCAGUAACAGUAGUGAUGAAGAGGAUGAGGAUGAAGAGGAGUAUGACUAUGAUGAAGAGGAAGAAGAUUUUUAUGAAGAAGAUAUGGAAAGGAAGCUACAGGCCAAGUUCUUGGAAGCUCGCCAGAGUGGGGGAAAGGAAGUAGCUCGUUCAGUAGUCGUGGAAAUUCAGAAGUAUAUUGAUUACCUGGAGAGAAAGCUCCAAAAUAUUCAAAACAAAGCACAAAGGCAGAGGAAUCUCAUCAUGAAAGUGGAAAAUCUGACACUCAAGAAUCAUUUAAAGAAUGUGCUGGAGCAGCUUAAGUUACAGGAAAAGCAAAAAAUUGAACAGCUCAUUUACCUACGGGAACAAUUGAGAUAUUUUCUGGAGAAGUGAGAAGAGCCAUCAGUCUGGCACAAAACCUUGGAUUUACCAGACUGGAUAAAAUUGUGCAUGUUUUUAUUCCUUUAGUUGCCUUAUGUUGAAUUGUGCUUUGUUGCCUUAUUUUGAAUAUACAAGUUAUUUAUUAGAAGUUUGUAACCUGUAGAAAGGGACAGAAUAUAAAAAUCUUUUAGGUUUUUAGACCAAAAGACCCAAUUCAGUGAUGGGACUUUGCUUCCCCCCCCCCCAAUUAAUUUGAGAAUUACUUGUAUUGCUUUUAUUCUGUGGUACUAUCAGAUGCUAGAGCCAUGCUUGCCAAAGGCCGAUAGUCUAGCCUGAAAGUCAAACCACUGAUUUGCAUUUGUUUUAACAGUUCCUUUUUUUGUUUCCAAUAUUCCCUAAAACACAGAAGAAAGCAAGUCAUUUCUGCCAAGGCUAGGACCUGCCAUGGUGAACUUAAGUGCCUGCCUCACAGCUGUUAAUGCUAGGUGUGUGCCCUGUCUCUAUUGCUGGUCCCCAGGGCUGCUCUCCUGCUCAGGGGUGAUUUGCUGCUGCUAUCUUUGUUCGGUUGUUGUGUUUUUAGGACUGUGAAUGGUUGGUAUUUGUCAGCUAAGGGAACAGUUAGACACAGUAGAGAUGAUAUUCUGAGCUGUUAUUCUGAGCCUCUACGUUCUAACCCUCAUCAGAAAAGGCUAGGGAAAACCAAAUGCCUGUGAAGACUUCCCAAAAAACCCUGGGUGAAUUCUUUUUCCCCAGUUGCAUUGUUAAGGUCUUAUGUCCUUUAAGCAAUAAAAUAAAUGCCUCAUGUUA